UUUUAAAAGUACGUUUGAGAUUCACACAAAUAAUAUUCGUAAAGAAUUAUUUGUUUCCUGGAAAAAAAAAAAGAGACACCCAAAUCCGCUUGGUAAUCGAUUGUUUAAAGUUUCGCUCGCAGGAUAUGAUUACUUUUAAGAUAAUUACAAUUCCGAUAUUUAACGUAUUAAACGUGGCGUAUUAUAUACGAGACUAUUUUUAACCAUUCAGUUUUCCAAUAUUCUUAUAUAUAGUAUUGAAACUCUUAUCUCUUAGAAAAUGUCCAUUAAGCCAAGACGAAAGUUUCUUUUAAACAAAAAUAACAGGCCUAUGAAUCAUAACGUAACAUAGACCGAUAAAUUUAACACUGCUCCAUUUAAACUCUAAAGAUAAACAACUGACAGGCCAGUUGCUUUGGUGAGCAUGAGUGCCCCCUCCAGCCCUCUUCAACCAAGAUCAAUAUUCCUGAACUGAAGGGAGACAGUGGUUGUGCAUGCAGUGAGAAGGGGUGUGUGAAUCAAGUCAUUCUAUAGGUAAAGCCUGUUGCUGCUACCGCAUUUUCAAGCUCGCAGAACGUGCAUCAAAUGGCACGCACUUCGACGAUUGUCGUUUAUUCAUAAGGCUGAUCAAUUAGAAAAUUCAGUGAUGUGCUGUGGACAUAUCGAGGGAUUAUGGAUAGACUGGCUAAUUGGACUCAUGGUAUAAACGCAACAACCCUAGCACCUGUCACGGGACAAAACUGUGUGUCAAAUUCGUCAAACGCUGUGAUCCUAGACAAAUUACUGAUCACUGCUCCGUCAUGGAGUUCAGUACAACAAGACUUGACGUGGACUUUCCUAGUGCACAUUUACGGCUUCGCAUGCCUCUUCUUUGUACUUGGGUUUUAUACCUUCUUCUCUAUUCUAAAUUUAAGGUCUCUCAUAUCAAGCCGGCCGUUCAUGUCGACCAUUAAUGUAUUCCUGUGUCUGCUCGGGGUGUCGAGGGCUGCAUGCCUCUUCAUAGACUCGUACAAUCUCAAGGAGACGAUGCCCAAAGUCAUCGGAUUGAUUAUGUGGGACGUCGGAUAUCCGUGCAUCACGUCUGCCUUUUGUCUGAUCCAACUGGCGUUCCUGCAAUUGACGCAACUGAAAUUCGGCCCGGAGAAAAUGCAGAAGGAGUCCUGCCUCAGUCUGAUCAUAACGGCUCACUUCUUCUUCAUCAUCGCCAGCGACAUCGCUCUGGUCACCCACAAUUGCUACCUGGCGAAGUACGUGCUGCAGACGGUGUUCCUCGUGUGCAACGUUCUCAUAUACCUGACGUUUCUGCACGCCGGUUACAAGAUCAAUCACUUACUCCGAACUAUGCCGAGCAGCAUGCUGACCCGGGACAACUCCAUCGCACAUCAGAAAGGUAUCAUGCAGCUCGCGAUGCUGGCACCGUACAGCAACCUGGCUACCUCGGUCGCGGCUGCGCUCGUGCCCACUUUACUCGGCCCUAAGAUCCCUAAAGGUCCGGAGGAGAAUGAGGCUGUGAACGCGAAUAAGAACACGGAGGAGGCUCCCCAAAGUAACGCGCCCCAAGAGACGUCGAGAGUCACGACUACCGCAAAGGUAUGCAGGAUAGAGGAGCCGGUGCAGAAGGAGGCUCCCACCGUCACGGUACCGAUGUGUACGAUCGUGCAGUCGUCGUCGCAGCAGGAGCCGAAGUCGACGGUGCCGGAGGUCUACGUGAGACCGCCGACACCCACGCCGUCGAGCGCGAAUCUGCCGAUCAUAACCGUGUCCAGUCCGAGUCGCAGGAGCUCCGUGGCCAGCCGACGGGGCAGCGACACGUCCGCCAGGUCCUCGCGUAGAAACUCCGAGUGCAGCGUCCGGUUCAUCAACGAGGAGGACACGUUCACGACGGAGUGCAGGCGCACGACGGAGGGCAGCCCGCGGCACAGGGUGCGCGAGGAGAUCGAGAGGAGCCGCUCGCCCGACGGCACGUCGCGACGUUACUCGGAGAACAUCACGCCGACGGGCAGCACCAGGGAGCUACGUAGGUGCUCCGACUUCACGCACGAGAAGAACCGCGGCUCGCAGUUCGCGACGAAACUGCGGAGGAACAGCGACUUCGGCAACCGGACGCCCAAGCGAAUGUUGCCGGCCGAUGAACACAGGUUGCCCAAGGUUCUGGAUCUCAGUCCCACAGGCUCAAGACGCAAUUCCGAUAUCGGCACCUUCGUAUCGCCAGCCCGGGUCGACUCGCGCAGAAACUCGGAGAGCACCUACCGACGCAACUCCGAGUUCAUUCACAUUAAGCCGUUAAUUAUAAAUCGUCGAAGUAGCGAUAUAAGCAUUCGUACUCUGGACAGGAGUCCCACUCACUUUCAGAGCAUAGUUCCACCCGUGAAGGUAGAGACGCAAGAGAAGUCCGAGUCCGACUCGGAUCAGCCCGAUUGCAGCGAGAAGGCGGCGCUCAUGAACGAGAAGUCCAAGGGUAAGGACGAGGAGGCGAAGGUACGCAAGAAGAAUCUGUCAUGGAAGGCCGAUAAAAGUAUGGAGGAUCCGGAGGACAUCACGGCGGAGACGAAUCUGCUGCCCGAGAACACGCCCAGCGAGGGCAGAGUUAUGGGUACGGAUUUCACUCUUCACUCGAUACUGAAUCACAUCGCGUACGUGAAUCGAGCGAAAUCCGACGCGCCGCUGCACAUACCGGAAGCAAACACCGCGGCUGCCAGGAAGUCUCAGGUGCAGAGAGUGCUGAAUGUCACGUACGCCACCGCGAUCUUAGGGAUCGUCUUAUGCAUCGUGGAUGUCGCUCGUAUAUUUGGACCAUACGGACUCCUCGGCGAAAAGGUGCCGUACGGUACGGAACCGGAGGCCACGCAGUUCCCCAAGCCGUGGCCGUGGCUGUUGUAUCAAACACUGUGCCGAGCGCUGGAACUCGUGAUGGGCUGCGCCAUGGCGAGUAUAACUAAACAGCCGUCAGUAAGUCCGCGGCAUCAGUAUCUGAGCAGUUAUCCAAAUUACUCGGCGCGCGUCAAGCGGGGAAACAGUCUUUACAUAUGAAGCAAUAUACUGCGAUCGUGAUCUGAGGAAAGUCGGGACGCCGAGUGGGAAUUCUUCGGACGGUUCUCUCACGGUUUUCGUUCAGUAUUGCACCGCGCGAGAAAUGAGAUAUGAUCACCGGACUUUAACCGCUACUUCCUCGCGACGAUAAGUGUAUGUUUUGUUUUUUUCUCUCCGCGACGGCUCCUUGAUUGUUCCAGGUGACGUUAUUUCCCGAUGUGUGCUCCCUCGAUAUAUCGAUUCACGAUAUGCACGACAUUCACAUUCGUUGUUCCCUCCAACGACCAACUUAGUUUUAACGAAAAAAAGUAUUAUUACAUAUGGAAGAAUAUCAUUGUAUGAAAUGUACCGUGUUAUUUUCGUAAACAUAGCGAUAAUCACGAUCAUCGGUAACAAUUUCUGAAUCGGAGACUGUGCGUGUGGUGUGAAUACGUUAUUGCCAGUGCAUGAUAAAGGAAGAACGGGGUCUGAUAAUGCGUAAUACGCGAGGGCACAGCAAUAGAUCAGUUUAACAUUCUAAAAACAGAAACGUGUUUGGACAAUGUGCAAUGGAAAGUGUUACUUUCUGGGAAACUGCUUAAUGGAAAGUGUUCACUCGAGAAGCACAUAUGUUCUCUCGCAAAUAUCUAUAGAUGUCUAUUUUUCAAGUUAGAUUAGUUUCCCCCGACAGAUUAGUUUAAUGACUUUUACUGUGUUCUGUCAUUCUCGGGAAGACGCAUAUACACAAACAUAUAUAUUUUCUGCUGUUGUGAACAGAUAUAUAUAUAUGUAUAUAUAUAUCGGGUUUUUAACUAACAUCAUUCGAGAAAAUAUUUUCAAACCAAAAAAAAAAAGGGGAAAAUAAAAGGAAAACAGACUGUAUAUAAGCGAGAAGUUAAAUAGAAUAAUCUGCGACUUUUACUGAUAACACGUGAAAUAACGCAUUUUUACUAUGUGUCGACCGCACCAAAAAAAUGCUUAGAAGUAAAAGUACGAACCCAAAUUCAAAGUGCCCUAUUACUAAAUGUUUAACAAAUUUAACAAAAUUAUUACACUAAUGACUAAUACAGACAUAGAUGACUUUUAUCUGCAAAUGGAAUUUGUAACAGUGUUGUGAUCCUACAUGUGAUACAUAUUUAUGUGUUUAGAAUAGGAGGCCGUUUUACGCUUAUGUAAGAUUAAAUAACACUAUAUUCCCUGAGAUAAAAGACUGUCGAAGUGAGUUUAUGAUAAAAAGAAAAACAGAGAUAUAUCAUAGAGUUAUUGCGAUUUUUUAAAUCUUUAUUCCCUUUAGUUCUCUUCUCUUUUCAAAUCUUAUUUAUCAAUAUCAAAUUAGAAUAGUCAACGUCAAUUAUUUUCGUCCCCAGAAUUUUAGUGUAUCUGUUGAUAUAUUUUGUAACAUAAUUUUUUGCAACCGAAAUUAUUUUUUUAUGGAAUUUUAUAUGCCACAAUAUUUUAUCCAUCGUACAAAUAUUCGAUAUUUUUAUACUUCCUUUUUUUACUGUAAACACGAAUUCGGUAUAUUCAUUCUCUCUGUGUAUGAAUCAUUCUGUUAAGCUCACUGUAAAAAAAAGUGAGAAAUCUAGUAAUACUUACAAGAGCAUAAAAGGUCUCAAGUAACUAUCUGUUUGAAAUUUAUAGUAUAACAAUCGUAGUAAUCUAAAAUAUAUCAUUGAUGUUUCAUGUGCCAAAUACUCGUGUUAACUAUUUUAAAUGUUUACAAGAGAUACAAAGUCAUUAUAUAUUCUAAUGGGAACUCUCCUACAAAAAUUAUAGAUAUAGACACAGAUAUUUAUAUACAAUUGGAUGUACAAUAAACAAUAACUAUCGUUUUAAUCAAAUCGAUAAGAAUUCCG